GCUCACUUCACAUCGAGACGUCGAACGUUCUGGAGCGUGUAGUGAGACGUAAUUAGAGAUCGACUCGUAGCAGUUUUAUCACCAGAUUAUCGCGCGUUUAGCCUAGUCAGAAAAAAAUGUUAUAUUCAUUUGCUUCAACUCGACUUUCCUUUCGAAAUCGUCGAGUGUGAAUCGGCGGUACGGAACGAUAAGUGAAGGGGAUUAAACUUGGCGAAUUGUUGGCGGAAAUAAACGGGACUAAUUAGCGGGUACUAACAACAACAUCGGAAUUAUCGCUUUGUGACGCAGUUAUACGUAUACGUAGAUCCAUUAACCGGGAAGCAAGGCUGUCAAAAGUCCCGAAGGAGGCUGAGAAUGGAUUUCGCGGUGAGCCCGGGGCUUGAGCCAGGAUUCGAAGGGUUUCAACCCCGGAAUGAGGGGGUUGGCCUGCGGACGUCGAGGCUUCUUCGAGUUUGUUUACUUUUUCCUGUACCUACGCAGUCUUCGCUUCGGUGCCUUUGGCGUAACAACAGCAGCUGGUCGGGGAAAAUCGCGCGAGCUUCGUUGUACAACUUCCUUAGUCGGAGUAUCUAGCCGGGGAUAUUUCGAGGGCUCAACAACUCGUUACAAAGACGAAAACUGUAUAACGAGCUCGUAUAUAUCGAUUAGGAGAACGGACGUCGAGCAAAAGAGAAGAAAAAAGGUGAGGGAAGAAACAAGAGCUUUUGGCAUUGUCCAUUCAUUCAUUGUGUAUAUUUUCCUAAAAUUUGAUAAUUGUAUAAUUCUUAAAACAUUGAUUAAAACAUUUUACAUCAUUUCAGCAAACUUGGUGCAUUUCAGAGAAGGUGUGAAGACGGUAAUAUCAUUGGAACACGUUGAUUUAUUCAUCUUCGGAAUUUACCAAACCCGCAGUAAUUUGUGAAAUAGCAUCUGAUAGUGUGAAAAAUCUGAAUCC